CUGAUAAUCGAAGUACAUACUUUCAAAGAGCCCUCUAUGAAUGAAAACGACAGAAAAUUAAAUAUGGCUGAUGUUUUGUUUGUGUGUAUUGACAAUGUCGUGUUGCUUUGUUUAGUUAAUUUCCCGGUGUAAUAAUACGUAUUGCUCGUGGAAAAUUCGAAAAAAAUGAACGCCACGAGUCUAUACGUAUCGACGUGUCGGUUAGUUUUACAAGCAGACGCUGAUGAUCCAAAUUCAUGGACAGAUCUAUAUAGGCUAGUUCCUUAUUUGCGACAAAGCCUUAGUUGUACUGUGUGUUCAAAUUUAUUAAUUGAACCUCAUACGCCGACUGAAACUAAUUGUCAACAUCAUGUGUGUCGUGGGUGUAGAGGUGGACGUAAAAAACUUAAACCUUCGUGUGGUUGGUGCAAGGACUAUGACAAAUAUGUCGAAAAUGUCCAAUUACGAAUAUUGUUACAGUGUUAUAAAAAACUGUGUGAAUACUUGACAAACACAAACAUUUAUCGAAGUUUAAUACUUUCAGUGUCUUCCAAUAAAACAGGCAAUAGUGCAUCUACUAUUGGUGUUACCAGUCUUAUGGAACUUAUACAAGAAGGUUCUGGCUUCAAAGAUGAAUUUAAAAGUACUGCUGGUUUGUCAAAAUCUGCAUAUAGUAUUUUACCAUGUGUUUACACAAGUACAACAUCGACCCAGACCCAAGGAAACACUAUACAAAGUUCUGAAACAAUAUCACAAAGUAUAUCUGGUAUAGUAUAUUGCUUUUUUAGCAUUUUAUUCACAUAAAAUGUAAUAUGUAAAUAAGAAGUUACAUGACCGUUUAUAAUACUUGAAAACAUAGACAUAAUAAUAAAGGAAUGAAUCUUUCUUA